ACACAUCCAUGAUUAUUAAAUAUGAAAAUACUACAAAAAAAAGAGAAAAAAAAUUGCAUAAUGAGGGAAGAGACAGAAAAGGGAAGAGAGCAAGAGUUGUUCACACAGAAGAAAUGAGACAGCACGACAAGACACUCAGAAUGUUUUUCGUCAUCUGGGUAGUUCUGCUUUUCAAAAUGAGGAGCAUCAGUCCAAACUCAGACGGACAGCAGACCACUGAGCCUGAACUCCAUCCUGAGGAUUACUCUAGCAGUGAACCAGGAGAGGUCACAGGAAACACCACAGAGAAUCCAGGACAAACCUCAACUUUUAUCCCUUCAUCCAAACAUGAAAAUGCUACAGUUACAUGUGAAGCCAACUGCCCAAAUAACCUGACUGUAGAGGAAGCAGCAUCUCACAAUGCAACUGACGUGAAGAGAUUUGAGCGUCUGAGUAACACCAUUACACAAGAAGUAAACAGAAACUUUACAAAUGCAAAGCAACCUGAGAUCACCGGAAAGACAACAGUCACUGAGAGUGGUGCUCUGAAUCUGACCUGCACUGUUGAUGCUUAUCUUCCAUCUGUGAAAUCCUGGGCUACACAUCUCAUGAACAGAACCUUCAUAAACGAAACUGGAAUAUCCACUCUCGUCAUUCACAACGUGUCAGCAGAGCACUCUGGACUGUACAUCUGUACAGCAAAAUAUCUCAACAACACCCUGACACAUGACCUGAAUGUAACUGUGAUAUAUGCAAAGCAACCAGAGAUCACUGGAAACACGAACAUCAGUGAGGUUCUGAAUCUGACCUGCACUGUUGAUAGUUUUCCUCCAUCUGUGAUCACAUGGACUAGAUUUGUUAAGAACAAAACACAGUUUAAUGAAACUGAAUCUGAAGCUGGAGCAUCCACUCUUGUCAUCCACAACGUGACGGUAGAGCACUCAGGACAGUACAUCUGUACAGCAAAAUAUGUCAACAACACCCUGACGCAAGACAUGAAUGUAACUCAGAUAAACUGGAAGAGGCCUGAAAUCACUGGCAAGAGAGAUGUUACAGAAGGAAAUGUCCUCAAUCUAACCUGCACCGCUGACAGCUGGCCUCCAUCUUAUAUCACCUGGAGUAAACUGGGAUUUAACUUCACCUUGAACAACGGCACCGGAGCAGCCUCACUGGUCAUCUAUAAUGUAACAGCAGAUGACUCUGGACAGUACAUCUGCUCAGCCAACCGUCCGAAUAAAAUCCUGACACAAGAUGUGAAUGUAACUGUGAAAUUGCUGCCAAAGAUCCUCAAUAACUCUAGAUGUGAGGCCGAGUCAGAUGUCCUGACCUGUGUGUGUGUCAGUCAGGGGAUUCCUUUGCCCACCAUUAAAUGGCCGCUUUUGGACAACCACACUGAGUACUCGUACAACACUGCUGUGUCGAACCACACAGUCACAAACACCAUCACUCUGACGGUGAAAGACCACAGCAGAUCUUCAGCUGUGUGCGUCAGCAGCAAUGGAAACGGAGAAACUAAAAAGGAACUCAUAAUAAACAAAGUUAAAAAAGAAGGUCAGUCCAUCAUAUCUUUAAGCAGUGUUACUCAGCCAGGAAUCAUCAUUUCAUUUUUGAUCGGCGUGCUGCUUUCAGCAGUGGUUUUCGGUUUGGUCAAGCUGUGCUGCAGUAAAAACAGGAAAAAACGGAAGACUUAUGGAAAUCUGGUGGAGGCACAGGAGAUGGUGACAAGUCAACACAAAUCACAGAUUAAUAAUAGUGAAGCAGUGGAAUAUGCCAAAGUCCAGACCAAAAGGACAGCUGAAGAAGCUGAGGCAGCAGGAAGCUCGGAUGUAGAGUACUCUGAUGUUAAUGUGUUGCUGUCUGAAAGACGGAUUCUAGGUAAAGCAGAACAGAAACAAGGCAACUCAGCCCCAGAGUAUGCUGAAAUUAACAAGCUAAAAAAAAGGAAAAAGUCAAAGGAAUUUGGAGACCGCAAAGAGGAGGAGGGGCUAAAAUGCUGUGAAGAAGACAAGGGAAGCGAUGAUGGAGCAGUCUAUUCCAAUGUGAUGGGACUAAUGGAACAGGUUUAAUAGACUUUCGAUAAAUCAGCUUAAGGAUAAAGUUAUUUUUGUAAUAAAUUCUAAUGUAUUGAUUUCUUAAUGUGAGAUAUCCCUGCAUAAAGCUCUACAAAGCUUAUAUUCUAUUGGUUUCAUUGCAGUCUUAGUUUCUAGUCUUUUCUUUUUCUUAGUUUUAUUUUGUUUUACUUAGUAUUUAUCCCCUUCUGUAUUCUUCUGAAUUCACGGAUCACUUGAACAGCAUUGACAACACCUGGAACACAAAAAUUCACACACGAGGAGGAAACAAACAGAACCAUAGGCCUACCUUUCUUGGACACAACAGGACAAGACUAUAAAAAAUGUUUAGGGUGUGUUGGGUGGUUGGAAACAACGUUCUUUGCACUGGCAUUUGAACAAAACUGAGCUUGACAUUCGCGUGUUUUAUUAUUUAAUUUUAUUCUAG